UUCUAUUGGGUCAAAUACGUUUCGAAUCGUCUCUUAUUGGUUACUUAGCAUUAAAUCCACGUCGCUGGCGAAGUCCGUCGUCGUUCUUCAACCGUCCGGCCCACACUCCCCUGUUUCAGUUCAGCAAAAAUUCAGAGAGACGGCAGUUAAUCUCGUUGAAUCUAGAACAUUCCAGAUUGUUCGUUUCUCCGAUCAGUAGAUCUGCUUAUGAACCCUAGAAUUUCAGAAAGGGAAUCAAAUCGAUUCCUUAUGGCGUACGGAAGAUCGAAAUUUCUCUUUCUGUUAUGCAUUUUAUCUUGUUCAUUAAUUGCCAUUGCAGCGAAGAGUUACUAUGACAUUUUGCAAGUUCCGAAAGGUGCUUCAGAUGAACAGAUCAAACGUGCUUAUAGGAAGCUUGCGUUAAAGUAUCACCCUGAUAAAAACCAGGGAAAUGAGGAAGCUAAUAAGAAAUUUGCAGAAAUUAGUAAUGCUUAUGAAGUGCUGUCAGAUGGUGAAAAAAGGAAUAUAUACGACCGGUAUGGAGAAGAAGGUCUUAAACAACAUGCUGCCAGUGGAGGCAGAGGUUCAGGAAUGAAUAUGCAAGACAUAUUUAGCCAGUUUUUUGGCGGAGGCUCAAUGGAAGAAGAAGAAGAGAAAAUUGUCAAAGGUGAUGAUGUGAUUGUUGAUUUGGAUGCAACAUUGGAAGAUCUAUACAUGGGAGGUUCCAUGAAGGUUUGGAGAGAGAAAAAUAUUUUGAAGCCAGCCCCUGGUAAGAGGCGUUGCAACUGCCGCAAUGAGGUGUAUCAUCGGCAAAUCGGUCCGGGAAUGUUCCAGCAGAUGACAGAGCAGGUCUGUGACCAAUGCCCCAAUGUGAAGUUCGAAAGGGAGGGCUAUCACAUUACUGUGGAUAUUGAGAAAGGAAUGCAAGAUGGACAAGAAGUAGUAUUUUAUGAAGAUGGUGAGCCUAAAAUAGAUGGGGAACCUGGAGACCUGAAGUUCCGUGUUCGCACAGCUCCUCAUGACCGCUUCAAGAGGGAAGGAAAUGACCUGCACACAACUGUUACUAUUACUCUGGUGCAAGCACUGGUUGGUUUCAACAAGACCAUUAAACAUCUCGAUGACCAUUUAGUAGAUAUUAGCACAAAUCGGAUCACUGAGCCAAAGCAAGUGAGAAAGUUCAAAGGUGAAGGAAUGCCGCUGCAUUUUAGUAACAAGAAGGGUGAUUUACAUAUUAAAUUUGAGGUUCUGUUCCCCACAUCAUUAACAGAGGACCAGAAGAAACAGAUCAAGGAAAUUCUUGUUUAGGAUAUACCACCGUCUCUUUGUCCCCCCUCCCAAUUAACUUAGAAGCUUUGCGGGUUGACCUUAUGCCAACCCCUUACACAUCUUUUUUUUAAACAUUAAUGUGUCGAAACUUACUGUAAUCUUCCAGAGGCGUCUUCAUCGUCAAAUUUUCAGGGCCCUUUAUGUCGUAACAUUUUUUUAUACUAACAUCAUUUGAGAUGUAGUUUUACAGGCCAUUUGAACUGACUAACAAGGAUAUUGUAUUGAGCAGAUUGGCAGUGAAUGUGGUGCUGCAUUGAGUACUUGAUAUUGUAUUGGAUUAUAACUGUAGGAUAGAUUGAAGUAUGUACAUUUUGCCAGCACAACUUUCUAUAAUAAGUGAUAUACAUGUACUAUAUAUUUGGUGGCAU